AUGGUUGUAGUAUCAGUUCAGUUUCCUGGACAGUCUGAACUGCGAGCGUCUGUGGAGUCAUCAAGUGGCAGUGAACAGUGCGGCAGACUAAAUGAAACACAACUAUACAGCCAAACAAAACAUACCUCUCUCGAUGAGUAUCCAUGGCUGGGUCGCAUUAAAUACUUUAAAAACAAUUAUGAACCGCACUACCAGUGCCUGGCUGUGCUCUUCAAGGCCCAAUGGGCACUUUUUCCCGCCCAUUGUGUACCAACAACGAAAGAACUGGAAAUGUACUCCGUUCUCUUUGGCGACUGGAAUGCUACCGACGAUGUGAAGACAGGAGACUGCAAUAACUUGGGCGAAUGUGCGCCUCCUCCUCAGGAAUAUCUAAUCGAGGAGAUUGCUGUGCAUCCAAACUAUAAUCUUCGUCAAUAUGCCCAUGACAUAGCCUUGGUGAAGAUGCAAACGAGUACAUUGCGCAACGAUUAG